CUAUCGGUUGGACCAUUUCCAUGUGCAUAAUUAAAGAAAGAAUCAUACAAUUGAAACAUAUAUUUGUGUAACAUAGAAGAAAUGGGUUGCACUUGACAAUGACAUUAGGCAUACUAUAAAGAUUGAUCAGAAGAUAAAUUCCUCAAAGAUUUUUGGUCAGUUUCCCACCUGAAAUUCACAAACUAUGAUGGGAGAAAUUCAUAAUAUUAAUUAAAUUGCUUUUACUUAAUUUGGUUCCCACAACUAUGACCAUCUCAUAAGUCAAACAAAUCAUUUUUUUGGAAGAAAUUUUAUUUAUAUCAAGAUGAUAUAAUGAUUAUAGAAAAUCCAAAUGUCUGACAAAAUGAUAAUCGAACACUCAACAUAUAAAAAAAAAACAAAAAAGUAAUAUCAAAUCAAAAUAAUUUUUUAUUCGAUGCAUAAGGGGUGUAAUCUCUCCUUCUGUGAAACUAAAACGUGAAACUUCAUGUUUAGUGAAUGAUUAAACAAGGGUUUCCCCAUAGCCAAAGUGGAUUGUAUCUUUCUUGUUACUACUAUUGGGAAUUUGGGAUGUCAUUCGGCUAGUUAAUUAUGUAAAUUAAGCUAAUUAUCUAAUUCUUAAUUAAAUAUCUUAACUAGAAGUUGAUUGGUUGAAAGACAUUUAUGAUUUCUACACAACGCAUCCGUUAGGCUAUAUGCCUAAGAUAAUCAAGGCAGCACAAGGGUCAAGGGGCAGGCCAUGGGAUAAAACUUGUCGUGCACUGCAAUUCAUACAUGUAGCUGAACCAGAGUUGUGACAAAGACAAAACAUGGAUUAAGAUCUGCCUUCGUUUCUGCCAAGAGCUAGUACGAACGCAACAAAAGGUCCAGGCCACGAACGAGUUCUCCGGUCAAAUACCGGCAUCUUUUCCUCUGAGGCAAGCUUGUGGACUUUCUGACUAAACUGUAUAUGUUCAUUGUUAACUGGUUCUAUCUCCGAAAAUUAUAACGCAUUCCAUUGUAAAUUUCCACGGGUGAGUCUUUCCCAUCAGUAUUUUUCUAAGUUACGAUCUCAUGAAAAAGAUGUGUGAAUCCUGAGGGUACAGUUUCUGCUUUUGGCUUUACAUGCCAUAUUUCUGGUUGGGAGAAAUCCUUCUGCCUAGUGCUGUUAAUUUUUUUAUCCAUGAAAUCUGAGAUGCAUGUGAUCAUAUGUUCUGACCAUUUGCCUUUGUACUUUUAUGUAUAUGGUCAACGGAAUUUCACCUUUUAAUUAGAUCCAAACUCUAGUAGGAAGGCAUCGACCUGCAAGUUUCCUCCAUGGUACCUAAAUUUGUGAUAGUUCUUCUCCAUAUUUUCCUCUCUUUAGGAUUUCAUCCGUCAACGGCACAGAACUGGAUACAAGCUGGAUACUGGUUUUCAGGCAGUGAAUUCCCCGCUGCUGAAAUAAAUUCUGCACUCUUUACCCACCUUAUUUGCGCUUUUGCUGGUCUGAAUUCCUCUUCCUAUCAGCUCUCUAUUUCUUCUUCUGAUGACCAAUACUUCUCCGUUUUCACAGACACUGUCAAACGGAAAAACCCAGCAGUCACCACGCUUUUAUCCAUUGGUGGUGGAAGUGCAAACCAUUCGGUCCUAGUUUCGAUGGUAAGCAAUUCUUCCAGCAGGAAAUCUUUCGUUGAUUCCUCAAUAAAAUUGGCUAGGCUUUAUGGCUUUCAAGGCCUAGACUUUAGCUGGGUUUCAGCCAACACAAGUUCUGAUAUGAGCAAUAUGGCUACCCUCUUUGACGAAUGGCGAUCUGCAAUAGAUUCAGAGACAAGAAACUCUAGCCAGUCUCAGUUGAUACUGACUGCGGCAGUUCCAUACUCGCAAUAUUCAGAGUCGUCAAUUUUUCCUGUGGAUUCAUUGAGGAGAAACUUAAACUGGCUGCAUGUUAUGGCUUAUGACUUCUACAUGCCAACAAGGGAAAACUUUACGAGGGCUCAUGCAGCUUUGUAUGACCCAGCCAGUAAUGUUAAUGCAGAUUUUGGUAUAGAGUCAUGGAUUAAUGGGGGAUUACCAGCCAGUAAAUUGGUUUUGAGCUUGCCUUUCUAUGGCUAUGCGUGGAAACUUGUGAAUCCCAAGGAUAACAUCAUUGGCGCACCGGCGUCAGGUCCAGCUAUUUCAAACGAUGGAGAGGUGAUCUACAAGGACAUCAUGAAUUACAUACAAAGAUAUGGAGCCAAUUCAGUGUAUAAUGCUACUUAUGUAGUGGAUUACUGCACAGUUGGAUCGACCUGGAUUGGUUUUGAUGAUGUCGAGGUUGUCAAGAUUAAAGUUUCCUAUGCCAGAGAAAAGAAGUUGCUGGGUUACGUUGUCUGGCAAGUUCCCUAUGAUGACAACUGGGUGCUUUCCCAAACUGCUUAUGCCAACGGUGGCAAUCGACAGAAAAAAGGGCGGUUGUUCCUGAUCAGUAUUUUAAUUCCAAUUGCUUUGGUCAUGAUUUUGCUUGGCGUGUUGACAUACUACUUUCGAAGGGUAAAGAGGAAAAAGGGAGGGAUGGUGCACGUAGCUAAGAAAUUCAAGUACAAAGCAAAUCACAUGGCAGCUGCUGGAGAUUUUAAUAGCAAUGUUCCCAAUCUAAUGGUCUAUACUUUCUCUGAUGUUGAGGUGGCUACUGAUAGGUUCUCAUUUGAAAAUAAGCUAGGGGAAGGUGGAUAUGGUCCUGUUUACAAGGGUGUGUUACCAGAUGGGCAAGAAAUAGCAGUAAAGAAACUUUCAAAAGCUUCCACACAAGGAUUUGAGGAGUUUAAAAAUGAGGUUAUGCUUACAGCAAAACUACAGCAUGUAAAUCUUGUUAGACUUUUGGGAUUCUGCAUUGACAGAGAAGAACAGAUGCUGGUCUAUGACUACAUGCCAAAUAAGAGUUUGGACAGCUACCUUUAUGACCCCAUAAGGCGGCAUUUGUUGGAUUGGAAAAAACGUGUUGAAAUCAUUGAGGGGGUUACUCAAGGGCUUCUAUAUCUUCAAGAAUACUCCAGAUUGACAAUUAUUCAUAGAGACCUGAAAGCUAGCAACAUUUUAUUAGAUGAAGACAUGAAACCUAAGAUAUCAGACUUCGGUAUGGCUAGAAUUUUCACAAAAGAUGAAGUUGAAGCAAACACAGGCCGAAUUGUUGGCACAUAUGGUUAUGUUCCUCCUGAAUAUGUUAAAAAAGGUAUAUACUCCACCAAAUCUGAUGUGUAUAGCUUCGGGGUCCUACUUCUUCAAAUCAUAAGUGGAAAGAGGAGUGCACAUUUACAUGGCUUACAUGAAAAUUUAAGUCUUCUUGAUUUCGCACAUGAGCUAUGGACAGAAGGCAAAGGCAUGGAAUUCAUGGAUCCCACGCUGGAUGACACAACUUCAUCCUGCAAGUUACUGAGAUGCAUGCAAAUAGCUCUGUUGUGUGUCCAGGAAAACGCAAACGACAGGCCUACCAUGUUGGAAGUCUCUGCAAUGCUUAGAAAUGAAACCACAGCAGUCGCCAUUCCGAAAAGACCUGCUUUCUCAACAAAACACAGCGAAGAUGAGCAAAAGAAAUCUAGCUUGCAACUAGAAAUAUGUUCAAUCGAUACUUCUCCGAUUACACAAGUGGUCGGUCGAUGACAUUUGUCGUUAAAAAUAUUGUUCACUACUAAAUGACUCGAUAAGGUAAUAUUAGUUUAUCAAAGAUUUAGCCAUUGCUGUUGUUUCAAGCUUUUGAUUCACGGAAUUGUUGGUCUCAUGCAAUCUUCCGGUAAUAUUUUGAUUUUAAUGCU